AUGUCAAACCCAUUGAACAUAUCUAGAUACCAGAAUUUAAACAAUUCGAAUAACAAUAUUGGGUUCACUCCUUUAAAUGAAGGUGUCACUACCGUUUGGCUACUAUCGAUUUUGGGCGGAGGUAACACCUCAAAUAGAAAUUUACAUAAUUUUGGUAAUAAAGGAAAUGGAAAUGGGAAUGGGAAUGUGAAUAAAACAAACAAUAAUCAUUCAAGUAAUACCACCAACACAACUACCGGUGGCAGAUAUACAAACGACACAGUGAAAAGGAAAGACAUCAUUAAUGUCUCAAUUCCAAAAACUUGUAAAGUGAUAGAAAAAAAUGACUUAGAUUUACCACUAAGAUACGUUUCAAAUUUAUUGUACGGAAUAACUCUUUGUUAUAAUAGGAAAACUGAAUAUGUUCUAAAUGAUUUAUCUUCUUUAUUAUCCCAAUUGCAUAAAAGAUUUUAUAAUUAUAAAACUUUAAUCAGAAAAUCAAAUCUUAAUUCAAAUGACAGUGCAUAUAAUAACAUUGGAAAUAAUAAUGCUAACAAAAAAAAAUCAAAUGGUAAGAAAAAUACCCAUCUAUUGAAUGAUGACCCUACAUUCGAUAUCAAUGAAGUUAAAAAUAUAGAGAUUUUUUUAGGUUUAAACUCUACUAUUAAUAAUUUAAAGAAUUCAAAUAAUUCAUCAAAUAUUUCAGGUACCGAUAAAAAUAAUUCAAACGGGUCAAUCAUUAAGAGACAGGAUAUUUUAAAUGAACUAUCAAAUUCAAAUAACUUGGAUAACCCAAUUCUAUCUCGCUUCGAUUUAUUUUCAAGAGACAAUCCAAUAACUUUGGAUGAGAUCCCAUUAGAUGUAGACUUCAAUUUAGAUAUAGACGACAUUAUAAGUCAGCAUGGUACUUCAAUUCCUUCAACUCAUGAUCUGAGUUCAAGUGAUCAUAUAGAACUAAGAGAUAAUAAUAGAGAGUUUAACUUAAAUUUUGAUGAAAAUGAAGAAGAUGAGGAAAAUAGAAAUAACAACAUAUCUAAUAUAGAUUUAGGUAUCUCUGCAGAAAAUAUCUCAGAUCAAAGUGAAGAAGCUUCUUUGGAGGAUGAAUCAACAGGCGAUUUUAACAAAAAAGAACUAACUAUAUAUAAUUCAAGGAAUGAUAUGACACAUUAUUUACAUAAUUGGAGCAAUAUCAAAUAUGAUGAACGUACUGGGUUAUCUACAGAUAUGUUAAGAGAUAAUUUUAGUAACUAUUGCGAUAAAAUGGAAAGACAUAAAAAAAAUAAUAGAAAAACACAUAGAACAGAAUUUAAGAAUAUUGAUGAUAUUAAACUAUACUUUGAUAAUUCUUUAAUUGCAACUACCUUGAUUGAUAAUUGGAAGUAUUUGUUAGAAGACAAUAUACCAAAAUUUAACAAUUUGAGUUUUCUUCCAAUAGGUUUCAAUAGACUAAAACGUCAAGGUAGUGACAUCGAAUCAGUUGAAAGAGGAAGGAAACGAAGUAGAUCUUUAAGUUACUUAUCUAGAUCUAAUAGUGUACCAAGUGAGGAACAUGGAAGAAAAAUUUCAAAUGAAAGGGAUGGUUCAUUUAUAAAUAAUGAAGGUGACGAAAGUAACUUAAUCCUAAAUCUUGAACAGAUUAAUGAAGAAUUAGAUGAACAUAACAAUAGUUUUUCUACUCAUAAUUAUAUGCAGAUGAACUUAGAGUUGCCGCCAUCUUCAUUUGGCCGGAACAAUACCAGAACUAGUGGAACCAUACAAAGUACUGACAAUGAUGUUGUAGACAUACUUCAAACAAGAAUGCUACCAAACAAAAGGGUAUCUACUAGCCACAGCAAUAUUUCCUCUCAUUUUGAUGAAUUGGAAUCUGAUAGCCAGAGUGAAGCUCAGGGAAUUGCGGAUAGAUUUGAACAACAACAAAUUCUGGACUUUCAGACUAAGAAAUUUUACGAUUACAUAAAGGAAAGAUCUGAAUUUGCAGGAAAGAAUACCAAUUCUUUUAGACCUUACAAUAGAAAAAUAUUGUUUGAAAGCUUAGUUCCCAGUUCAAUUUCACAAGAUUCCAAUCCUGGAGAAAUUUUAAGUGUCGAUAAAAGAAUUGCCGCCAGCGCAUUCCUAUCACUUUUAAACCUAGCAUCGAAAGAUAUGGUGGGUAUAAAAAAAUUUGAAGAACACCCUUUAGUCAAACCAACAUUCACUCUCUUGAAUGGUGAUGAGAUAAUAGUUUAUGUUUGA